AGGCUAACAAAUCCCAAGUUUCUAUUUCUGGCCCUAUUUGCCAAAUAGAAGCAGUUUUCGUUUCUGGUCUCCCAAGUUUGGGGUUUUUUAGGUCGAAAUUUCCACAUCUAUGCUUUUCUGCAAAAAGGGAGUAUUUUGAUUAACAUACCUCCAAAUAUACGUAUUGAUUGGAUCUCAAUCCACAGAGAGAAGAGGAAGAUUCUUGUACGAAUUAACCUAUUUGCAUUUCUGGGGCAUCCAUCAUCGACAUGGACGACGCUAAUGUGGUGGAAGCUAAGGAUGGAACCAUCUCUGUGGCCACUGCAUUUGUUGGUCAUCAAGAAGCUGUGCAGGAUAGAGAUCACAAAUUCUUAACUAAAGCAGUCGAAGAAGCUUAUAAAGGAGUAGAAUGUGGGGAUGGUGGUCCUUUUGGUGCUGUUGUGGUACAUAAUGAUGAGGUGAUUGUCAGUUGUCACAACUUGGUUUUGAGGAAUACAGAUCCUACUGCCCAUGCAGAGGUUACUGCAAUAAGGGAGGCAUGUAAAAAACUUGGUAAGAUUGAGCUUUCUGACUGUGAAUUGUAUGCCUCUUGUGAGCCAUGCCCAAUGUGCUUCGGUGCUGUCCACCUUUCAAGAAUUAAGAGGUUGGUUUAUGGAGCCAAGGCUGAAGCAGCUAUUGCCAUUGGCUUUGAUGAUUUUAUUGCGGAUGCAUUGCGAGGUACUGCCUACUAUCAAAAGGCUAAUUUGGAGAUUAUAAGGGCAGAUGGUAAUGGGGCCAUUAUUGCCGAACAGGUCUUUGAGAAAACAAAGGAAAAAUUUCGGAUGUAUUGAUCUUUUUAGUCACCUCUUUCAUUGGACGGUACUGACUUUGCUUCCAUUCUGAACUGUUAGCAUCUUUUUAAUGCGAUCAUUUAAUAAUGACCUGCACUUUAUCCAAUAUUAAAGAUUGAUAUCCUCUGCUGUGGGGAAUCUGGACUGUCUUCGUGUUCUUUUUCAAUUCAAUGGAGAUAGCUGAACCUUACCAUGAAAGAUUCAUGUUUAAUAAUGUGAUGUGUUAUUUCACAUUCACUGUCUGAAGUGGCAGCGGAAUCCUAAAUGAAAGAUUUACUUUGUAUUUGCAUAAAA